UACGAAAUGAAAGCUUCGUUGAUAAGUCGUAAAAAUACAGUCAUACCGCAUGACACGCGGACGAAAUAAUACGAUUCUCCUCACCAUGUCACCGGAGAGCUCCAGGUCGUCUGUGUUCACGUUCCAGUCAGCGGUGCACACCUCGCAUGUGCUGAAGUGCCUGGACGAGCAAAGAAAGCGGGAUAUUUUGUGUGAUGUAACCGUUGUGGUGGAAGGCAGAAGCUUCCGUGCCCAUCGUUCCGUGCUGGCCUCGUGCAGCGACUAUUUCAGCGCUCGCGUAUCUAACCGCGAGGACCAGGGACUUGUCAUCAGCCUGCCUGAUGAGGUAACAAUAGAAGGAUUUGAACCCUUACUGCAGUUCGCCUACACAGCAAAACUUCUUUUUACUAAAGAAAACGUGCUGGAGAUUCGUAGUUGUGCAGCAUUUCUGGGCUUCAAGAACCUGGAAAAUGCCUGUUUUGAUUUCCUCUUACCAAAGUUCUUUGACAACAAAAAAAGUACCUCAAAAAUCCAAAGGAAGGCAUGCUGUAAGAGUAAAUGUUGGAAAUCGAAUCCAGAUGAACCUAAAACAAGCCCAGCUGCUGAUGAUGAUUUGGAUAAGCCUACAGCAUCUCUGAUUUCCUCCACUCUAAGAGCUGAAGCGGAGGCAUCUUGCUCUGCUCCCAGUCUUACAGAGGAUGCCACAGGAAGUUUUACUUCUACCCUACCUGAAAAUAAUACAAAGCCAAACUACACCGAACGGUGCCCAAAGUACCGCAAAUUUCAGAUGGCGUAUGGGAAGGAUCGCGAAUUUCUGGAUGCCUGUGGCUCACAGGUGAAUGCUCUCUCCUUAGCUGCCGCAGAUGAAGAUUGUCCUUUGAAUUUCAUGCCUUGCCCUGGUGCUGGAGAAGAUGAGGACUCCACACUGUCCUCCUUCAGCAAAACCCAUGUGCAGGUCGAGAAUGAGGAUACCAUGGAAUCUGACUGCUCCCUCAGCAAACCUUCUCUCUGUGAUCUGCCCAAAGCUCCUUACUCAAGCCAGAUAUCAGGGAUUGGAUGCGGCGGGUGUAUAAGCUUAGAGUGUGCACCGGUAGAUGGGUCUGAAAUCAGAGAAACUACGGAAAAGGUGGAAAUUUCUGUUAAAGCCAGUCGGAGCAUGGAGCCGACAGACUCAAAUGUGUCGUGUCUCAGCAUGACUGGGUGCUCUAUGCAGAGCAGCAAGACAAGCAGUGUUGAGAGAGAGGUAGCUGAACAUCUUGCUAAGGGGUUCUGGUCCGAUGUGAGCACCUCAAAUGCCUCACCACCUUUCCAGGGCACCGUGGCCAGACCCUCUCUGGGUAAAACUCCAGACAGCCAGUGGUUAAAACAGACAGAGUUUUGCCCGGGGGUGGUGGACUGUCCUUUCCAGCAAGACCUCCAAGCCAUGGAUGCUCAGCUACCUGGCACUGAGGGUGCGUCCAAGUCAGAGGACAGUCCGUGUGUCUCUUCCCAUCAGUCCGGGGAAGACUCUGACAGUUUUGACACAGAAGGAGAAAAUGAGUCCUACGCCAGAGAGAGAGCACGUGAGGUCCAGCUCCCGUUCCCUGUGGACUGCAUUGCUUCACUAAGUCGCAACGACUUCCAGCAGAUGCUGAAAUUACAGCACCUGACCCGCGAGCAGCUGGAUUUUUUACACGACAUCCGACGACGCAGCAAAAACCGCAUCGCUGCCCGUCGCUGCCGCAAACGGAAGCUGGACUGCAUCCACAACCUGGAGUGUGAGAUCGAAAAACUGAAGAGUGAAAAGGAUAAACUCAUGGAGGAGAGGAACCAGUUGAACCAGAUGAAGCUACAGGCAUGGCAAAACUUCACAGGUCUGUAUGAGAGAGUCUGCACCGAAGCCGCUCUCCGCCCGGAGCAGCUCCAGGUGCUUGCCAAGUACGCCUCCCCCGAGUGCCCGCUGUCCACCCUCAUGACUCCCACCGCCGACCCCUCGCUCCAACCCGAACUCCAGAUUCAGACUCCCCAGCCAAUAGCAGGCUGUUGUUCGGGCCUCCCCGUAGAGACCUUCUCCGACCAAGAGAACUCCACCCGUUGUUCUGCAGGAAAGCCUGGCCUGUACGAAAAACAGUUAACCCCUCCGGCCUCAUCACUCCCCGCACCUACAACAGUUCCCUCCACCCUCCCAGAAUGAUACCUCACAUGCUGAGAGAAAUAGUAUAACUGUCAUUUCUAAGGUCUAUCAUACGCCCAGUGAGCCUGCUUAAAACUUUGGUUAAAACGGUGACCACACAAUUUUUUUUUUCACCUUUUGUUUUGUGUGUGUGUGUGUGUGUGUGUGUG